CUUUGUUAUUGUGUAUUGAUACGCGGGAAAUCAAAAUGGCUUCUGGCGCGUUAAAUUCUCCGAGAAAGAUUCGUUCUCCUACUAUAUACGUCAUUUGAUGUUUGAUAUAAUAUGGAACAAUUUAGCAACGAAAUUACAAUAAACCAUAUCUCCGGUUCUAGGGAUACGAAAACGUCGAAAAAUGAAAAAAAGUCUCCCCCUUCCUAUGCGGAUUACAACAAUUCACACGUGCCCAGAUACAUUCCUCAGAUGAGUGGAUCGACGUAUUCUAGUCCCCGUUCGAGUAUUAGUUAUGAAUAUUCGAACACAGCCCAAGUUGCACCAUCGUCUUCCAGCGUUAGCACAACGUCGGCUGACUCUAAAACUUCAAGUCCAAGAACCGGUUCUGUGGUACCACCUCCCCCGUAUGAACAAAGGGACUAUCAGAAUAUUGCAGAGAAGAGGUUAGCUGUACUAACUCAACAGCUGGAAAGAAAUAUGCGAGUGUCAUCACCUCAAGCACCACCUCCUCCUCCUUACACGGCUACUCAUAAUGUUCAAAGACCUAUUUCUUCUAGGAUCAAUAUAGAGAGGAAAGUAGAAGCUCUGACAAAUAGUAUACAGGAUAAAAUUGACAUUGGAGGUGAAUACUUUGGUGAAUGUGUCAAGUGUGGCGAUCGUGUAAAUGGGUCGGAAGAGGCUUGCCAGGCUAUGGGAAAACUAUAUCAUACAAGCUGUUUUGUAUGUGUUUCUUGCGGUAGAACACUAAGGGGGAAGACCUUUUAUCAAGUGCAAGGGAAGGUGUAUUGCGAAGAGGACUAUCUUUAUUCGGGCUUUCAACAAUCAGCCGAUAAAUGUGCGGUCUGCGGUCAUUUGAUAAUGGAGAUGAUUUUACAGGCUGUUGGAAAGUCUUAUCAUCCUGGCUGUUUUAGGUGCUGUAUGUGUAACGAGUGCCUUGAUGGCGUGCCUUUUACUGUUGAUGUUGAGGGAAGAAUAUUUUGCGUUAAAGACUAUCACAGGAAAUACGCUCCGAAAUGUGCUGUUUGUGGUCAUGCAAUUACGCCAGUAGAUGGCAGCGAAGAAACUGUUAGAGUUGUGUCUAUGGAUAAGGACUUCCAUAUAGAUUGCUAUAAAUGCGAAGAUUGCGGAGUUCAGCUAACCGAUGAAUGUGAUAGGAGAUGUUAUCCUCUUGAUGGGCACUUAUUAUGCCAUGCAUGUCAUAUAAAUAGACUUCAUGCUCGUUCCGCUCCCACUCCCACUUCAGUUUAUUCUCAAAGAUCAUCAUUAGUUUCAAAUGGAGCAUCUUCUAGGCCUCAUUAUAAAAUAACCGACCUCUAAACAAGCGCUUUCUUAGUGCCAUACGGAUAUUGACGUGUUGGAAAAUCUCGUUUUACUUUUCUCCUGUUUUACUUUGACAAUUGUAUAUAAAUAUUUACAUGCAUAUGUAUAUAUAUAUAUAUAUACAUAUAUAUAUAUAUGUAUAUGUAUAUUAACUUGGAAAAUUUGAGACUUUUCUGCUAUUUUUUUUAAGCUGUUUUUCUUUAUUGCAAAUGAAGUGUGGUAUAAGAAAAACCAACUGAAUUUUCAAUGGUUAAUGCGUUAUUAAACUGUUUUAGAGUAUUGAUUCGAGUGCUCAAAUGUUGCAAAAAUUUUUUUUGGCUAAAUAAAAAUCGGGCAACAAACACAUUUU